CAGCUGCUCGCGCGCCUGCUCGGCCGGGCCCCCAGGUCGGACCUGCCGCCCUUCAACUUCGCCGCGAACCGCUACAAAGCAAAGAAGCACUGGCCGCCCAACCUGCGCGUCCUCACCGAGAAGCAGCAGUUCCGCUUCGAGCGCAAGUUCAAGCGCCGCCUGCGCCUCAAGUCCAUCAAGCCGCAGUGGCAGAGGUGGACCAAGAUCGUCCAGUGGAACCUCAUCGGCUUCGUCGUCGUCUACGGCGUCCUCUUCCACGACUUCGCGCACGACCCCAUGAAUCCGCGGCCCGGCGAGCAGCCCUUCAAGACGCUGAGGGAGGGAAUGUGGGGGAUCUGGGAUGGGAUGUGGACACAUACCUCUACUGCUGGGGAACCCAGCCGGGCGGCGGGGCGCACCCAAUCUGAGGCGGCGGGGGCGGCGAGUCGUACGCCAGCA